ACACGCCGCCGCACUGGGUUGAAGGAAAUUAAAACAACAUUUUAGGGUGCGUGAUUUAUUCUUGUGUUGUCUUAUGUAAUCGUAUUUGUGAUAGAGGUUUAUUUGUUUUAGUAACAGUGGAAAUAUAUUUUAGAAGCAGAUUGCUUGAUAUUAAAGGAGACAUUGAGGUAAAUUAGUAUAAUAAAAGGCAUGUUUAAUCGCAGAAGCUGUAGUUUUUUGGGUAAAAUGUGGGAUAAACAGCAUUAAAACCAAAGUAGUGUAGGUGCUGAAUGUUUUUUAUUUGUAAGAAAACAUAAUGUGACAUGAUAUGCUGAUUUUAGUAGGUUUUUUUCAGCGAGAAUUUCCUUUUCUUUAUACAGAAAUUAUAAUUUCCACACAUCGUUUUUCGCAAUAUAUGUGGAAAGAAUAAAAAAAACUUAGUAGCUCUGUUAAAGUUCAAGAUGUAAACUAUCAUUGGCUACAAUUGAACAAGUAUUGUGCACAAAGCCCUAAAUAUUUAUUGUAUUUUACAUGUUCUGUGUGUGUGUGUGUGUGUGUGUGUGUGUGUGUGUGUGUGUGUGUGUGUGUGUGUGUGUGUGUGUGUUUCCGUAUGUAGUGGGAAUAACCUGUAAGAUCCAUCCAUAGAAUAUACUUGUUCUGUUUCAUAUCUAUGGAGACAAAAAUCUACUUUGGACAUAGAUGUGCGCAAAUUACGCUCCAGUUUUCCCAGUAUGAGUUUUUUUCUCUUUCCCGUGCGUGUGUCCUGCUCGCGCAUGUGACAUCAUUGAUGGGAUUGGCUCCCCCUGUACUGGGGUGGAGAGUCUCUUCCACAGGCUACAGAGGGAGACGAGGAGGCGUGAGGGACGGAGGCAAUAGUUUCCAUCAGCCACGGAGCUCCGCGCAGAGCCACCUCCACUCAGAGCGAACCACGCCCCGGGGGACAGGGGAGACUGUGGGCCCCCCUAAGUGUCCAAACUCCUGUUAUGGAAGCCGGAAUGGACGGUGAAGAGGAGUUUUAGUCAGGGUUACAGGUUGACAAGAUGAAGUUCGGGAAGAGCAUCUGCGUGCUCAAUGUAGGGGGAACCCGGUACGCCUUCACCCGUGAGGUGAUCAGGGAUUUCCCUCUCCGACGCGUCAGCCGCCUGCAUGCCUGCGCAACCGAGAAAGAGGUUCUUGAACUGUGCGAUGACUACGACCGGGACCGGAAUGAGUUUUUCUUUGACCGCCACGCUCAGGCUUUCGUGUUUAUCAUGCUGUACGUGCGCUCUGGUAAACUCCGCUUCGUCCCCGGAGUGUGUGAGCUGUCCUUCUACACAGAGAUGCUCUACUGGGGACUGGAGAGCGCGCACUUGGACUCCUGCUGCCAGAAACGCCUGGAUGACAAGAUGACCGAGAUAGGAAUGGACACUUUGUCCGAGGCGGACAUCGGAGUGUCGGGGGAUGAGCCCCAGAGCCCGGAGGAGCCGGGGCAACAGACUGCGCUUACAGGUCGCGCUAAAUGGCUGGAGAAGAUGCGCAAAGCAUUCGAGGAGCCCAACUCUUCUAUCGCGGCGCAGCUUUUGGCUUCAGUGUCUGUGAUAUUUGUGAUGAUUUCUAUGAUCAUGCUGUGUGCAAGCACCCUGCCGGACUGGGAUACAGCCAAGAGAAAUACUGUGGAGGAGCACAGGAUAGUGGAGGCAGUGUGCAUUGGCUGGUUUACAGCAGAGUGCACAGUGCGCUUUCUGGUGGCCAGAAACAAGUGGGACUUCCUCCGCCGGCCACUGAACAUCAUCGAUGUGAUUGCCAUCACCCCCUACUAUGUCACCAUGGCGAUGGCCCGGGCAGGGAUGCCGGGUGCCGGGCUCGGGGUUGCUGGGGUGAUACUGCGGGUGCUGAGGAUGAUGCGAGUGUUCUGGCUCAUGAAGCUGGCCAGACACUUCCUGGGCCUGCAGACACUGGGGCUGACACUCACACGCUGCUACCGGGAGAUGGUCAUGCUGAUGGUGUUUGUCUGCGUCGCCAUGGCGAUAUACAGCGCUCUGGCCCAGCUGCUGGAGCACGGCUUGGACUUGGGGACGCAGAACCCGGAUUACGCCAGCAUACCGGCCGCCGCCUGGUGGGUCAUCAUUUCCAUGACGACGGUGGGAUACGGGGAUGUGUACCCUGUGACAACUGGAGGACGGGUGCUCGGGGGAAUGUGUGUGGUGAGCGGCAUUGUUCUGUUGGCACUGCCCAUCACAUUCAUCUACCACAGUUUUGUACAGUGCUACCAUGAACUCAAACUCCGCUCUGCCAGAUACGCACGCAGCCUGUCAUCAGAGAUAGUACUGCAAUGAACAUGAGUUUAUACCAAAAAAAAAAAAACCCAUGGCUCUGCCCACAUCGGAGAGAAAACUCAACAAACCAGUGGACCUGCUGAUCCCAUUGUGAAAUAACGAUCCACUUUGUGCCCUGCCCUGUUUCCUGCCUGAGCUGCACCUGAUUUUAUUUGGCCUGUCUAGUUCCUGCCUGUUGUGUUGAUGAUCUUCAAACAUCAUCUUAAACCAGCAUGCUACACGGGCAGGAGAAUAGAAAUACAGAAAUAAUUAUUUAUUAACACACACAUAAGCGCAGUCAAUCCAGUUUUGACAGUGGCUGUUGUUUACACUAUAUUCCCAUGGUUACAACAUUGGCAGAGACGGCUGCUUUUUUGUAUGCUGCAUCGAGGGCUGUGUGUGUGUGUGUGUGUGUGUGUGUGUUUGUCUGGCUGUCAGCCUUUCACUUUGUCUACGCUUUUUCACCCAGAUGGUACAAGUUACACAAGAUGGAUGUGUGACCUAGAUGCAUUCUGUUAAACCUGUGAAAUAAAGAAAAAGAGUGAAGUGCAAAGUGGGAAUGGAGAAAAAGGGGGUAGCCUACACAGAGGGGCUUAAGCCAGGGAUAAUGAAAUAUGGAGACAGGUCAGCAAGGACUAUAAGGUGGCAGACAAAUAGAGGGGUGAUAGAUAUGACAGGGCAGAUGGAGAGUGAAAAGGAGGAUAGAAGAUCGUGGGACCAAAAAUGACAGCGAUGACAGAAUGUGGAGCAAGCCUGAGCACAAAGAAUGAAUAGACGAGUGUGUAUUGCAUCUCCGUUUGUGAGUGAAUGUGAGGCAUUUUGUAUUUCUGCGUCUCCAAGGCAACCUCAUCCUCCAACGUGUCAAUCAUAAUGGUGGUUGAUUUGUGUGCACACAAAUAGGCCACAUCCACGCAAGGCUGGCACGCAACAUUUUGGUCAUGCCGAUUAUUCGGAAAAUGACUGAAAUAGCUGAAAUUCCUAAAAUAAAAACAGAAAAAAAAACAGUCCAGGAUGUCACAGAUGAUGAUUAUGACAUUAAUGAUUCAGACAUGUUUGCCUUGUCCUUGGUUUGGCAAGAUAAUAUGAUUUGUUGAAGAGACACAUGAUCCAAACAAACAAGUCAACACCUCUCCCACACAACAGUCUUUCUCCGCAUCUCUUCUCCUCUUCCUCCUGUUGCCAUCAACCAUCCUCUUCUUAUUACUAUUUCUUUUAUUUGAACCGGGACAGUGCACAAUAAAACAUUAACCCUGUAUAUAACAAGGAGAGAUGCAUUGCACCGGGUUUUAGCAAAUUGCUAUUUUCCACCCGUAGUCCCCUUUACACACACACACACACACACACACACACACACACACACACACACACACACACACACACACACACACACACACACUAAGCCAUUGCUCUUCUGUUGCAAAGGAAAUUAAACAAUUAAUGAGUCAUUUUCGGUCUAUCCUUCAAUCUGAAAAUCUACAUUUGGUAUUUCCGCGUAACAUUCGCAGCCUUGUAUGAGUUUAGUUUGUAUUGUAGACAGCCCAUAUCUCAAUAGACUUGUUUCUGUGUUAUCAAUGUGCUUUUUAAGUGGUAUAGCAGUUACAAAAAUGAAAGAUAAACUAUAUUUUAUGCCCUUCCCCACAACCCGUAAUGUUCAACUCAUGUGGCAUAGCUUAUAGCCCAGUGGCCAGGCCUGACUGAAACCAUAAAUUUAAAACUUUUUCAUUAGUAGACAAAGAACUUGUAAUUAAUGUGAUCAAUGUAUGAGCUUUUAUAAUAAAAUUACUCUGAGCAAA